CUACCCCGGGGCGCGGGGCAGGGUUCGGUGGGCGCCUCGUCCCGCUGCGGAAGGGCGCAGGCGUGCCGCCCGAGGGAGGCAGCCCUCCGACCGCGGGGCUGGCGGGGUUGCCGCCGCCUCCUGCGCGGCGCGGCCCUCUGCCCUGCCGGGAGUGCGGCGGGGCGGGGGCGGGCAGCGUCGGCCCCUUCGAACCGCGGCGGCCCGGUACUGCGUGAGGGAACCGUCGGGACGGACCCGCCGCGGCUGGAAAGCGAGGGGAAGGGGUGUCAGGUGCCCCUGUCCCUGCGGCUCUGGCCUCCCACGCGGGCAGUGCGGCGCUGGCCGGCAAGGAGGAGGCUCCGUGGGCAAAGCGGUGUGCCUCUGCGUGGGCUGGGCCGAGCGUUUGGGCCUGAGGUGAUACUGGCCAAGGAGCAAGAACAUGGAUAAAACAAAUUUUGAAUCAAGAUAUGGCUUUCCAACAUAUAAAAGUAAUUUACCCAACGGCUCCUGCCAGGCCAUAUACACCUAUGAAAGGAGCUUCUUCUACUGUGUGGUUUGACAGAUAUAAGAUCUCUAAUGACUGUCCAGAACACAUUGAAAGUAUUGAUGCUAUGUGCCGGGGACUUACAGACUUGAUCAAUGAUGAAAUUAAACAUGGCAUUGCAAAGAAUAGGAUACUAAUAGGAGGCUUUUCAAUGGGAGGUGGAAUGGCAAUGCAUUUAGCAUAUAGGUUUCAUCAAGAUCUGGCAGGAGUCUUUGCUUUGUCUAGUUUUCUCAAUAAAGACUCUGCUGUUUACCAGGCUUUGAAAAGAAAUGAAAGUGUUCUUCCUGAAUUAUUUCAGUGUCAUGGAACUGCUGAUGAACUAGUUCUCUACUCAUGGGGUGAAGAGACCAACAGGACAUUAAAGUCACUGGGAGUAUCAACGUCACUUCAUACUUUUCCAAACCUUAAUCAUGAGUUAAACAGAACUGAAAUAGAAAAUCUAAAAGCCUGGAUUGUAAAGAAAUUACCUGUUGAAGCAGCAAAGGCAAACGAAUAAAAGAAGAUGCAACUUUCUUAGACUUUCUGAUUUUUUUAGGUUUUGAGAUCAUGCGUGGCAUGUAUGCGGGUGUCCCACGUAUGUUAAUUAAGCACAGCUUCAGGUAGACACUGUUAUAUUCCAUAAAGUUCACUUAAGUGGUGAAAUGAUGGUGCUAUUAACACUCAUUUUAUCAUGUGUUCCCUUUUCUGUUUUCUUAUCCAGUUUUUAAGUACACAUCCACAUCAGUCUAUGGAAAAUAAUGACUGAUAAUAUUAAAACCAUUCCUAAAUAAUCAAAGUAGUAUUCAGGAAGCAUUGCUCUGAAUUUCUGAGAUACUUUUUUUCUUUUUCAGUGUGUGUUCUAAAAUGGAAAAAUAUAGAAUGGUAUGGUUGUCUUUCUAACGGCAUUACAGCAGAAAAAGGCCAAUUACGAAAAUAAUGGACUUUCACUUGUAGAAAUACAUGCAUAUAUUCAAGUUAGUUCACUGAAAGGAACCAUACUGGCUUCAGUUUGAUUCUCAGCACAUGGGAAUGAACCUGCAUAAGCUUUGUAGGUCACCUCAAAAAAAUAACUGAGGUUUGUAUUAUAUUUUUAAAAGUCCUAAGUAGCUGUGUCUAGCUAUACCACAGGCUCUUGUUACUGUUUUGUUACACAGAGAUCUAGCUUUAUGUGAGUUGCUUGAGCCCUGUGUGGUUUCUAGUGUAGGCUUAAAAAAAAAGUGCCAUCAUGACUGUUAAGAUCUAUCCUGGUUUUGAAGAAAUCAUUCUUUGGGCACUGUUCCUGUAGAAACUUAUUUUUGCCAACAGUUUUAUUUUGGCCUGCAAGAUCACAUUUUAAAUUAAAAGAUGAGGGAUACUUGACUCCUCCAUGAAUAUUUAAGAGUAGUAAAUAAUGAUUGUGAUAUAGAGAAAGCUUGUAUCCCAUUAUUUUAACGGUGGAUGAUUCAUCUCUGUGUCAGUUUGAUAAAUUAACUCAGAGUAUAAAUAUCUAUUCUUAUGUAAUUUUAAUGCUUUUUUUAUUCCCCCCUUCUGCCCCAUUUUCUCCUCCCCAAAUUCAGUAAUUUUAUUAGCAUGACAAGGUAUUCAGUCUCUUUCCAAGGUCAAUAGAUCCAAGUCUCUUGCUUAAUCUUCUCCUUCCCCCCCUUUUCUGCAGAGUGGAUCUAGGACACCGUUGUUUGCUCUGUCACAGCAGAUUGCUGCCAGUAUUGGCUAUGACUCCAGAAGUGUUGGCCAGCUCCAGGGGACUAAGAGUUUUGUUCGAAUCCUCAUGCACCAAGGCCUGAGCCAGCUUUUACCUAUCUUGAAGAAUAAGCAAAGGGGAAAAAAUGUCACUGUUCAAGUACAAGGCAUGUAAUUGGCAGUAGCAAGUAACAACUUCCUGCUGCUAAAAAUAUUUUGCUUUAUUUCAUUUUGCUAGCAUUAGCAAGUCAGCAGUCUGUUCUGAAAAACAGGAUUUUAAAUGGCACAUGAAAACUCAGCUAUUUGAAACAGUAACUGAACAGCGUUUUUUCCUGGUGCCCUAGGCUUCCUAAUUACUACAAAUUAAAUUGAAACAGGUGUGUUCAGAGGCAGCUGAGCUAACAUUGCCUUGGCCCAACUCUAAUUACAAUCCUUGACAAGUGAAGUUGUAGGAUUUUAGCAAUAAUACAUCAUUUUGAGUUUUGCACCAUUUUCUGCUCUUCCUGCAGUUCCUAUCGGGAGGCUAUUUGAACCGCUAAUGCAAGGUGGUAAUUCAUUUCGGUCACAAGUGCAUUCAGAUGGGAAACUGGCAGGCCCCUGGCAAGGUGGCUUUUAACAAGGUCAGAGAAUAGCACAAAACAAUUGAAAUAAGAUCAUGGAGGGAAUAGAAAUUAUUACCAAGCCAAACGCAGUUUUCAAUUGUUUUUGCAGUCUUAAUAAUUGCAAAUACAGUGGAUACAGAGUAGUUUGGUUUUGUUCCCUUGAUACAGGCUGAGAAGCAAUUCCAAAGGUCUGCAUUUCAUGACGUUCUUAGAAAACAAUGAAAUCCCCAGUUUGCAUCUGUUUUCUUCCAUCUUCCUCGGCCUGUGAGUGAAAUGCCAACUAAUCAGGAGAUGCAUUGUGACAUAAGAUUGGAAAUCUUUUAGGUAUAUGCUGUAAAGGGGGUCCCAAAUCUCAGUUUUGAGGUCACUUUUGGCAUGUUAGACAACUUAUCAACAGAGGUUUUCCUUUAGUCUGCAGGUAGCUUCAGUGAGGACAGUGUGACUUGCCUAGCCCAUUUGCUGAGGAUGGUGUGCCUCUCCGUCCCAGAUGGUGCCCAGCUCAAGUUGGACAAAUAGAUUGAAGUUUAGCCCAGAAAAAGUUGGACUGCUGGUUGGUAUUGAGAAGCAGCCAGAGGCAAUAUUAGUCCUUGAAGACAGUGGGCCUGCUGUUAGAUCUCUAGUCAAAUGAGAACUUUAAUAGUCAAAAUUAGCCCAGCUGCUCGACAGCACGUUUCAGAAGUGAUCCAGAUAGGUUUUUGACUGACUGGUCCUUUUUGACCCAGCCCCUUUUUACUUAAAAAUUUUUUUCAAAUUGAUACUGAUCACAGGGCAGGGGAGGGGUUCGUUUUCCAAAAGGGCAUCUCAAUGCUUACGGCACUACUGCUCCAGGAUCUACCCGUUGAUUUCUGAGUGGAGUUUGAAGUACUUUGAUCUUUAAGGAUCAUAAAAAGUUCCCUUUUGACUAACUGGUUACAUGUUGUUGGGACAGAGUUACAGUAGCAGGUGCUAGGGCAUACAGAGCCUUGAACUGGGAUAUCUUAUCGGUUGUAUCGAGAUUUAGAUGAAGAGAAUGGAAAAGAAUGCAACAUUCAUCCCUAAUCUUUCACUCCUGGUAUAUUUAGGGGUGUUUACAUAUCAUAGGAAGAUGUUAAGGAGAUAGAUGCCAUGUAUUCUUAGGAGGAGCAAACUCGGAGCUCUGUCUCAUUUUCUUGUACAUGGACUUUUUUCCACUUCUCUAUUACAGAUUGAAGAAGAAAACAUGUUUAAAGAUACUGUUGUCCCAUACAUAAUUUUGACAAAUAUAUUGCAAAAUUCCAGUGCCAAACAUGGAUCUGUAUCACUUGAGCUACUGAAGAUACGAAAACAUAAACUAGAAAGAAGGCAGCUCUGUGCUGUGAUGAUCCAGAGGAGGCAGGAGCAAUUACUUGGCAUGCGGUUUAUGUUCCUACUCUAAUGCUUUCAAGGUUUUGGGGUUUUCUUUGUUUGCUUUUUUUUUUUUUCCAAACUUAGAAAAGAGUUUGGUAUUAAAAGUUUGUACUUAAAUGCCAUUUAAAAAUAUAACUGAAAUAACUGAGUGAGUAAAUCCAUUCAGAUUGAUGUUA